CUCAGCUUCCACAAAAGGGAAGUGAGUUUUGCUGAGGCAGGUUUUCUAGCUCAGUGGUUAGAUGUAUAGCAGACUCGAGUGGACAGAGAGGGAAUCAUGAACGCUACGGCUCAUUUUCAGGAGGAUGAGGAGAUCGAGCUAGGCUUGUUGGGGGCCUGUGUGAUCCUGGGGGUGUGUUUCCUGGUGGGCACACCUGGGAACCUGCUGGUGGUGUGGACCAUCGUGAAGCACGUGAAGCAGUGUUCACAUACAGUGCUUCUCAUCCUCCACCUGGCGGUCGCAGAUCUUCUGGUGCUGGUCACUCUGCCGCUGUGGAUCUACUCGCUGGCCCGCUCCUGGGUGUUUGGAGAGGCUGCCUGCAAAGCCAUGGUGUACAUCAUCUAUGCCUGUAUGUACAGCAGCGUCUUCAUCAUCACCGUCAUGAGUGUGGAGCGCUUCAUGGCUGUCAGAUACCCCAUUGCCUCACUCGGCUGGAGGAGGAAACAAGCACUAAACAAGGUACUUCUAAUGAUAUGGAUGGCUUCAUUUCUCCUCAGUAUUCCCGUCAUUCUAACUCACACUUUGGGAGAAGUUAACGGACAAAAUCAAUGUCUGUUCAGGAAGUAUGAAAACGAUGCCCAGGAGGCCGUGUUGCUCAUUUUAGAGACUCUUAUAGGCUUCGUCCUCCCUUUUUUCACUCUGUUGGUCUGUUACGGCUGCCUUUUCAGUCGCAUAGCGCAGAUGAACUUCAAGUCCAAGCGUAAGUCGACGGUUCUCAUCUGCAGUGUGGUGGUGAUGUUCGCUCUCUGCUGGAUUCCUCAUCAUGUGGGGAACCUUCUUUCCCUCAUCUCGCUCGCUCUCAAGCCUUCAAAUCCCGACAUGGCGGAAAGUUUGGAGGAAGCCUGCACCACAAUGAACAUUAUAGCAGGAGCCCUGGCGUUCAUCAGUAGCUCAGUCAAUCCAGUGCUUUAUGUGUUUGCCGCGCGUACCUUCCGCAGCUCGCUUCGGGAAACUGGAAUACAGAAGCUCUUCCAGCAUCUGUCCAGUGCAGUGUCAGGUGAAGGGAAUAAAGAGUUAUCAUUCGUGUCCAAAAGACCGAGUUCACACACCACCAACUCAGAGUGUCUCACGGACUCAAAAGUGCCUGUAGAUGUGGCUAUGGAAUCAUGCAUCAGUACCUCAGACUGACUGUGUAAGAAGCUAUAAAGCCAGGAACUCAGUAACUAUAUUAACCAUUACAACGGUUAUUUCUCCAAAUAGAGUGCUUGAAGUUUUUUUUAAGUAAAAUAUUUGCUUGUGCCUUGACCUUUGUGUUCUGAGUAUAUUUUAAUACUCACUAAGAUGCUAUCUUAAAUUGCAACUGCAUGUUCUACGAUGAAACCACUUUUAUAUGUGAUAUAACUCAAAUGCCUUUAUAGCAAAUAUUUCUCUCUGUUUACAAUGACAUUCCCAUGGUAUCUUAUGUAAACAGACUGUCUUUAGUCUUACAUCUUCUCAGCAUUAUGAUUUCAACAGCUUCCUUCUCCUUGCAACGUGUGUGUUUGUGAUUCUUGUAACAGAGUGAAAGAGGAAGUGGGCAUUAAACGGAACAGAUGUCCGUCUGGA